ACUGGCAGCUGGAGUGUAGUGGGGCAAGGGUGACAAGCAGGGAGACUAUUCAUUAUCCCAGUGAAAGAUGCUGGGAGCCUGGAACAGGAUAAUGGCAGGUAGAGACACAAAACAGUGGAUGAAUUUGGGAUGUAUAGUAUUUUGGAAGUAGGGCCACAGGGCCUGGUGAUUAAUUGAAACUUUAGCACAAUAAUCACACAAAGUCGAAGAUCCUCCCCAGCAAGAUUAGCUAAUAGGUUAUUGAUAAGUUGCAAAAUCUUCCCCAUUCUCCCUUGGCAAAGAUUCAAAAGCCCUGGUGAUACUCAGGGCCGACAGAUUACUCAGGCCGCACAGAGCGCGUGCACAAGGCCGUCGCUCGCCUUGUGACGCAAGACUUCAUUCCCUGGAUGUCAGCAGCCUGGAAGCGCAACGUUUCCUGGGCAACGCCAUUGUCGCAGCUCCGGGUGGGGGAGGGAUGACUAAAGACAACGGCUGUAAGAGAACUCCACAAGAGAGAGUCAGAACGAAAAUGUGCAACAAGUGCGGCGGCUCCUACCAUGGCAGGUGAUUCGAGGACUCAGCACGAGGCGAGAGUAGGGACAGGGAAGAGCCCGAAAACCCGCCUGUGAUUGGCCGUCCACGGGUAUCGGUCGUUGUGAUUGGGUGAGGCCCAGACAGACAGCUGCGUUUUGAACCGCGUAGGGUUCUGGGUAGCAAAGGCCUUGCAAGGCUCCUAACCGAAAGGGGGAGGAGGAAGGUCGCCAACAAACGGCUGAGCUCACAAUCCUGGCCGGGGCGUCCCCCUCCCCCAUGGAGAGAGCCAGACCCGAGCCGCCGUCUCAGCCGCGCCCGUUGCGUCCCGCUCCGCCCCCGCUGCCGGUCGAGGGCACCUCCUUUUGGGCAGCAGCCAUGGAGCCCCCUCCGACGUCUCCCACACUGAGCGCGGCAGCCAGUGCGACCUUGGCCUCGUCGUGCGGGGAGGCAGUGGCGUCCGGCUUACAGCCCGCGGUGCGGCGGCUGCUGCAGGUGAAGCCAGAGCAGGUGUUGCUGCUACCACAGCCUCAGGCCCAGAACGAGGAAGCCGCUGCCUCGCCCGCGCAGGCGCGGCUGUUGCAGUUCAGGCCCGACCUGCGGCUCCUGCAGCCGCCGACAGCGUCAGACGGCGCCACAUCCAGGCCCGAGUUGCACCCGGUGCAGCCCCUGGCGCUGCAUGUCAAGGCCAAGAAGCAGAAGCUGGGGCCCAGCCUGGAUCAGUCAGUGGGGCCUCGAGGGGCCGUCGAAACCGGUCCUAGAGCCUCCAGGGUGGUCAAGUUGGAAGGCCCCGGGCCGGCCCUCCGCUACUUCCGAGGGGACGAGAAGGGCAAGCUGGAGGCGGAGGAGGUCAUGAGAAACGCGAUGCAAGGCGGGGCAGGCAAAAGCCCGGCAGCCAUCCGAGAAGGUGUGAUCAAAACGGAGGAACCCGAGAGACUCCUCGAGGACUGCAGGCUCGGCGCGGAGCCCGCGUCCAAUGGCCUGGUUCAUGGCAGCGCGGAGGUCAUCUUGGCCCCAACGUCCGGUGCCUUUGGGCCGCACCAGCAAGACCUUAGGAUCCCUUUGACGCUCCACACGGUCCCCCCUGGGGCCCGGAUCCAGUUUCAGGGAGCUCCGCCUUCAGAGCUGAUAAGAUUGACCAAGGUCCCCCUGACACCAGUGCCUAUUAAAAUGCAGUCCCUACUGGAGCCUUCUGUAAAAAUUGAAACCAAAGAUGUCCCGCUCACCGUGUUGCCCUCAGAUGCAGGCAUACCAGAUACUCCCUUCAGUAAGGACAGAAAUGGUCAUGUGAAGCGACCCAUGAACGCAUUUAUGGUUUGGGCAAGGAUCCACCGACCAGCACUAGCCAAAGCUAACCCAGCAGCCAACAAUGCAGAAAUCAGUGUCCAGCUUGGGUUAGAGUGGAACAAACUUAGUGAAGAACAAAAGAAACCCUAUUACGAUGAAGCACAAAAGAUUAAGGAAAAGCACAGAGAGGAAUUUCCUGGUGAAACCUCACCUGCUAUCCAGCUGCCCACACCUGCAGUCCAGAGCCCAAGCCCUGUCACACUUUUCCAGCCCAGCGUCUCCAGUGCUGCUCAGGUGGCUGUCCAGGAUCCAAGUCUACCUGUCUAUCCAGCACUCCCACCCCAACACUUUACUGGGCCUUCCCAAACAGACACUCAUCAGCUGCAUUCUGAAGCCACUCACACUGUGAAGCAACCCACUCCUGUCUCUCUAGAGAGCGCCAACAGGAUUUCAAGUAGUGCAAGUACUGCCCAUGCCAGAUUUGCAACUUCGACCAUCCAACCUCCUAAGGAGUAUUCCAGCGUUUCCCCUUGUCCCAGAAGUGCUCCAAUCCCCCAGGCUUCUCCCAUUCCACACCCACAUGUCUACCAGCCCCCUCCCCUUGACCAUCCAGCCACACUGUUCGGGACACCACCAAGAUUCUCUUUUCAUCACCCUUACUUCCUACCCGGACCUCACUACUUCCCAUCAAGUACAUGCCCUUACAGUAGGCCUCCCUUUGGCUAUGGAAAUUUUCCGAGUUCAAUGCCAGAGUGCCUUAGUUAUUAUGAAGACAGGUACCCAAAACAUGAGGGUAUCUUUUCAACUUUAAAUAGAGACUAUUCUUUUAGAGACUACUCAAGUGAAUGCACACAUAGUGAAAAUUCUCGGAGUUGUGAGAACAUGAAUGGAACUUCUUACUAUAAUAGUCAUAGCCACAGUGGGGAAGAAAACUUAAACCCUGUGCCUCAGCUGGACAUUGGAACCUUGGAGAAUGUCUUCACAGCCCCGACAUCAACUCCUUCUAGCAUCCAGCAAGUCAAUGUCACCGACAGUGAUGAGGAGGAAGAAGAAAAAGUGCUCAGGGAUUUAUAAUUUUAAAACAAAUACGCACAGAAAAUAAACAUUUCUUAAAAUA